AUGUCGAUCCGUGUGCCACUAGAAUAUGAAAUUAAACGGAAUAGCUCGAAGGAUACGUUCUGGUGGCCGCUCGCCAAGAUCGAACGCGACUGUUCACCUUACGUUCUUGCGCUCGUUCGCCAAUACGAUGAGAAAGUUGCGUCUAUAGCCGCUGGUACAGACAGGAGAGAAACCACCGAGCCAGCUAUUCUCGAGCAUUUGAGGGACUUUGGGCUGGCCGAUGAGUACUCAAAAG